UCGAUGUUCGGGUGGUCUCGGAUUGACAGAUUAUAACAGUGUGCAUGCGUUCGUCCACGUGAACUCUUUAUUGCGUCUGGAGUACAUUUGUGUGUGUUCAUACCGGUCAUGUUUUGACAGCUGCCAAAAUAGGGUUAAAUAGAUGCAAUAAAAAACAUCAUUAGUAGAUAAGAUUAGGAGAGCCGCAGUAAACAUCUGUAUUUUUCAACACAUAACUUGUCAGACAAGAUCUAAUUGCAGAAGAGUCGAACUACAAAAAUCUUGCCAUGAUUUCAUUUUUAUUUUAUUAAAGAUUAUUGCUAUCUUAACGAUGCAGACUGUAAGGUCCUCUUAUAAGCUACAUUUCACUAAGUGUCUGUCGAGAAUGGCAGGGAAAGAUGCAAAGGUGGAGUCAAAAUCAGCAGACGUGGUAAGGCAAGGAUUUAUGGUUAAACGUUCUCAAAACAAGAAACGUUUUACUCCUGUUAACUACAAGCAACGUUGGUUUGUACUAACACGUCGUCAUCUUGUUUAUUAUGAUAGCGAUAGUGAGCGGCGCAAAGAACGAGGUCGUAUAGCGAUUGAAACAGUCCAUGUGGUAGAAACAGCAAAUCUUGGUAAUAAUUCUGGAUGUGGGAGUGGGAAUACAAAAAUAGAUACAGCUGGUAAUGACUCAGGUAGUAGCGGAGGCAACGUACCACCUGGACUACCAUUCCAGAUAGGAUAUCGAGAAGCUGGACAAGAGUAUAUUCUUUAUCUUCUCGCAGCACGGGAACAAGAUAGAUCUGAAUGGAUACGUGCUAUCCGUGCUGUAUGCUGUGAAAAUCCAAGUUUAAGCAAUCGUUAUCACGUGGGCUUAUGGAGUGGUAAACGUUGGUCUUGUUGCCGUUUGGUAACGCGAUCUGCGGAAGGUUGCGAUACAUGCAGUUCUUGGUCUUUGAAUGUGACAAACGCUCCAGCGUGUCCGCUACGAACAGUAACUUCUACUACAGGAAACGUCACUGCUUCGAUUGUCAUUCCACCAGCGGAUUCUACUACUCAAACGACAAAUGCUGAAACGAACAACAAUCCGAUCAUUCAAUCUCAAGCGUGUUCUACGUUUGGUACUCCUUCGACUCCAAUAAUGCCGGGUGGAACUCCUGGUACUCCAUCUUCUAAAAAUAAAGAUAAAGUAGUUACAAGAGCAAAGGUUGUGGUGGCUUUGUAUCCUUUUCGUGCAAUAGAAGCUGGUGAUCUUUCUCUUGAAAAGGGUGCAGAAUAUGAGGUAUUAGAUGAUUCUCAAGAACACUGGUGGAAGGUGAAAGAUGAGCAUGGAUCAAUUGGUUAUAUCCCUAGUAACUAUGUGAAAGAAAAAGAACUCCUAGGAUUGCAAAAAUAUGAAUGGUACGUAGGUGAUAUGUCAAGACAACGAGCAGAGUCUUUACUGAAACAGGAAGAAAAGGAAGGAUGUUUCGUCGUUCGUAAUUCUUCAACGAAAGGUCUUUAUACACUUUCACUUUAUACAAAAAUUCCACUUCCACAUGUUAAACACUAUCAUAUAAAGCAAAGUACUCGAGGGGAAUUCUAUCUCUCGGAAAAACAUUGUUGCAGUUCGAUUCCCGAUCUUGUGAAUUAUCAUCGACAUAAUAGUGGAGGACUUGCGAGUCGGUUAAAAACAAGUCCUUGUGAUAGACCAGUUCCACCUACUGCCGGCCUUAGUCAUGAUAAAUGGGAAAUAGACCCAGCAGAGCUACAUUUAUUAGAUGAACUAGGUUCUGGUCAAUUUGGAGUGGUACGAAGAGGAAAAUGGCGUGGUUCCAUCGACGUUGCUGUGAAAAUGAUGAAAGAAGGAACUAUGUCUGAAGAUGAUUUUAUAGAAGAAGCAAAAGUCAUGACAAAGCUACAGCAUCAAAAUCUCGUUCAACUAUAUGGUGUUUGUAGUAAAGACAGACCAAUAUAUAUUGUCACAGAAUAUAUGCGGCAUGGAUCUCUUCUCAACUACCUCCGUCGUCAUGAAGCUACUUUAGGUGCAAACGUUGGUCUUUUGCUGGAUAUGUGCAUACAGGUCUGUAAAGGAAUGGCAUAUUUGGAGAGACAUAACUAUAUCCACAGAGACCUAGCAGCACGCAAUUGCUUAGUUGGAUCUGAAAACGUAGUGAAAGUGGCUGAUUUCGGUUUGGCAAGAUAUGUUUUAGAUGAUGAGUAUACCAGUAGCGGGGGUACCAAAUUUCCAAUUAAAUGGGCACCGCCGGAAGUAUUGAACUAUACUCGGUUCAGUUCAAAAUCGGAUGUCUGGGCGUACGGAGUUCUGAUGUGGGAAAUUUUUACCUGUGGAAAAAUGCCUUAUGGUCGUCUCAAGAAUACCGAGGUUGUCGACAGAGUUCAACGUGGAAUUAUAUUAGAACGACCGAAAGCUUGCUUCAAAGAAGUUUAUGAGGUAAUGCGGAAAUGUUGGGCACACUGUCCAGAAGUUCGACCUUCUUUUCGUGUUCUUAAGGAACAGCUCAUUAGCGUUUCUCAAGGCCUUCUCAAUGAUUGACUCAACCUUCUCCGGUGUAUGCGCCUUUCUUCGCCCUCUGGACGAUCAAUACAAUACAUAAAGUCUCCAUCGUCAUUGGAGCAGUCAACUUCUGUUCUGGCAUCCUCUAAUUCAUCAUGCAAUUCUGCGACAUUACCUUUAUCACAUAAAACUCGUGCACCGGCCUCUUUGCCUUCUUCGGUCAACUUCCUUCAUCUAUCAUCAACCAUAUCUAGACCGGAAGAGGAAGAAUCAUCUUCACAAAGCACGACUCAUCACUUGGCUAGUCAACCAUCCGCAAGUUCAUCUAACGUUUGUGACAUUUGUAGUUCUUAUGGACAUCCGUGGAUAGAACUUUGCAAGGCAAUACGGGCUACUAAAGAGGAAUAAACCUUUUAUUGUUUAUUUGUAAUAUAAUGACUACAUCGUUUUUGCUUCAUAAAAUGCUUAUAUACAGGCUGCGCUGACCCCUGUUUUUAGUCUUCACAACGACAUUAGAGUAAAUUUGCAAGUAAUUUGAGGAAUAAACACAAUAAAUAAUUAAAACAAGGAGUGCGUAUAAAGAUGGGUUCAAAAAAAAGCUUCUUCACUAAAAUAUUGCUAUUAAGACAAAAAUUAGUUGUACGUUUGAAACAUCUUAUAUUACAAUAAAUGUUUAAGAUAUAAGCGAGCUCUGGCAUAUAUAACCAUUGAUAAUAAUUUUUCUAUUUUUUAUUUUAUUAUUGUUUUAGUAUUGAACAAUUAAGAAAGUGAUAUAUUUUAGACUACGUAGUAAUUCACUGAUAAAUAUAAUUCAUUUUAUCUAAUAGAAUAAUGGCCUCAAUGUUAAAGAUAUUCAUUGUCAUUCUUAAAUCGAUCUACUUUUACAAUUUUUUUCCGCUCGUUUAUGUCGCUAUCCUAUUACUAUUAGUUUUUCUUUUUUUAAAUUGUUUCUAAAAAUUUACGAUGUUCACAAUGUUUGCUAAUAUCUUUUUUCGCUACACCAUAAUUUCUACGUCCAAUAAUAACGUCCAUUUAAUUAUUUUUUAACGAUUUUUUACUUUUUACAUUAAAAUUAUGCCGAAUCAUUUAAAAUAAUAUACAUAAGCAUGAGUCGUCUCCGAGGAUAAAAAUAUUUUCUUGAGUCAUAACACAUUUAUUUGAAAAGAAAAUGUUUUUAUUAUAUCAUACCUUCUUAUACAGUUCGGGAGAGACUGAAUGUGAUAUAUUUUAAACGAAUGAACUACCAUGGUAGUAUACACUGAUGGACUGAGGCAGAAUGACAUAUUGAAGCCAACUGGAAGCCAGUGGAAAAUGCUGAAACAAAAUAACAUUUCUAGGGGAUCCUGCCAAUCAUCUUAUAGCAUGCGUACACUUAAUUUAUGUAGUAUUAGCAAUGUAUUAAAUAAUAAUAGAAAAUAAGAAAAGACGAAGAAGAGAAAUUUCUCUUUGAAAAUAUCUCUUAGAUCUUAUGUUAGAAAACAGAUAUUGAUAAUUGAUAUUACACACUUCAUAAUAUAAAAAUAUAUAUAUAAAUAAAAUAUGUAGAUUUUGAAAGUGAUCAAAGUGAUAUCUAUUAUUUUUUCGAAAAUAAAAAUUGAGCAUUUAUAAUAAAAUGAAUAUAUUAGUCUGAAAUAAUAAAUAUAAUCUUAAUUUUUAGAAUUUCACAUCACACACACUUUCAAAAUGAUAAAUUUGUAUGCGGCAUAUAAUAUUUCCAAUAUCCAAUAUAAGUUUGAUUAACGCAAUUAUAUAAAUUGAAUUAUUAUUCACGAUAAAAUACAUCUGGUUAUUGUGUUAAUGUAUUAAUUUUUUUGAUAGAGAUAUUGUGUGUUGUACGGCCAUAUAUAACACAUACUAUUAUUUUUUAAUACUUAUUAUUAGUAUAAAUAUAUGUUAAAUUGCAAAAAAAAAAAAAGAUACAUAUUUGAAUAACAAUAAAAUGUUAUGUAUUAGACAGACAAAUCGAUACAGAGAGCCAAAUAAUAAUGAUAACAGGAUGGAUAACAUUCUUUUGUACACGUUUUUGUCUUUAACGCAUAAAAAAUAAAAUAAAUAGCUUUCUGUAUGAAU